GUGUGAGGGAGAAAGUGUGUGUGUGUGUGUGUGUCCGUGCGAGUGUGUGUCCGUGCGAGUGUGUGAAUGUCUGUGCGUGUUCCUGACUUGAGAGAGCCCAUGCCAGGGGAUUAUGCCUGUGAGAGUUGUUCAGCAGCAUGAUGUAAACAUCACCAGCUGUGGAUUACCAGCAAAGGGACAUGUGGCGACGUCGGCCUCCCUCCCCAAUUCGGCCGCAUCCCCUGGCCGGCUUCCUGUACAGUAGCCAUGAGAUUGUCCUGCGUCGCAACCAUCCAGGAAGCUGGGGGUUCAGCAUAGUCGGGGGCUAUGAGGAAAACCAUAACAACCAAGCGUUUUUCAUCAAGACCAUUGUCCUAGGAACACCCGCGUACUACGACGGACGACUCAAGUGUGGAGAUAUGAUUAUAGCUGUGAACGGCCUGUCGACAGCGGGCAUGAGUCACUCUGCGCUGGUGCCCAUGCUGAAGGAACAGCGGAGCCGGGUGGCACUGACCGUGGUGUCCUGGCCCGGCAGCCUGGCAUAGCUCCCUCUCCUGGCCAAGCCUCAGACUGCGCCCAGACAUUUGUGUUUUUAGAAACAUCAGAAAACAAACAAACAAACAAACAAACAAAAACGCUCCCCAGUGUUUUUCUACACUCUAUCAGGGAGCCACUGUGUUGAAAACUAAGACAUGCGAGUCUCAGAGCCUGAUUUUUUUUUUCACCACUCAAUGCUGAAGAAAAGACAAAGAAAUGAUUAAAAACAAACAAACAAACGAACAAACAUACCAGGCCUUAGUAAACCUGCCACGCCCACGAGGCCACACCCCCAGGAACGCAGCCUUAAGGUCUCUCCAUCACCGUGAUCAGCGGUCUCAUGUAGAGCUGGGGGUUUUUAUAUUUGUAUGUGUGUAUGUGUGUGUGUGGGUGUGUGUGUGCGCGUGUAUGUUAAGCUAUUUGUUUAAAUAAAUCGUUCCCAUAGUGGA